AUGAGCAACUGGCCCCCAAGUUACGCCAAUGACGCUGACGGCCACAUCUACUACGAGUACGACUACUCGCCCGACGGCCGCCAGCAGCGCCGCCCCGUGCUCCCGCCAGGCGUGGUUAUGGGCGCCCGUCCCGGCCAGCCGCCGCCGCCGCCGCCAGGAGCGCCUCCCAGCGCCGUGGUGGCGCCGCCGCCGCCGCUACCGCCGUCAGCUAACGCGCCCGCGCGAGCGCCCCCAGUGCCAAUGGCAGCGGUGCCCCCUGGUUACUACCCGCCGUCAGAGUGGAACGACUACGCGGCGAUGAUGCCCCCGGCACCGGGCGCCGCCGCUGCCGCGGGUGGCGCUGGCGCUCAGCCAGUACCGCCAGGACCGCCGGCGCCGCCAGUAAUGGCUGCCGGUAACCCGAGCGCCGCCAGCGUGAACGCCGCCCCCGGUGCGCUACCCGGCGCCCAGACUACUCAACCACCUCCGUCGACUACGGCGCCGUCACCGCCGUCCCCUUCUUCCGCCGCCAACAAACGCAAGGCGAAAAAGGCCCCCGCGCCGGCGCUGCUGAAGCCCGUCACCAAACGCCUGCGAAUGGGGUGCCUCACCUGUCGCCAGCGCAAGAAACGCUGCUGCGAGACGCGCCCCAAGUGCACCGAGUGCGCCCGGCUCAAGCUCAACUGCCAGUGGCCAAAGCCGGGCACCGAGCACAAAAAUAAGAACAAGGACGCCAAGAUCGAGGAGAACACCAUCGACCACGAGGUGUUUGGGAAAAUCAAGGUGUUGCGCGGCAUUGUCGAGCGCAAGUAG